CUCGACAAACACAACCGCCAAAGCCAAUGUCGCGCCUCGCAGCCCUCUCAACCCCACAGAGGCGCUCGCGCACCUCUCCGUCGCCGUCCCCAUCGCCAGCGCCGGCGCCGGCAUCACCCACGCGCGCAGCAGAGACGACGCACCACCGCAUGCUCAAGCUCGUCCUUGCCGAGGUCAACAACGUGAUCAAUACCUGGGACGAUGUUGUCGCGCACGACGGCCUCAAGGCCGGCAAGGGCUGCAUCGACGAAGUGACCGAGAUGGACAACAUCCUCCUCCUGCCCGAGGGGCCAGAGCGCCCGCUCGUCGCGCCCCACCUCGAUGCACUGACGGCGUACCGCACCGCUCUGGAGGGCGUGAUCGCUAAACUGGAGAAGCUUCUCUCCAAGCUUGCGGCGCUUGUCGAGCAGUCGGAGAAGGUCUUCUUUGACGCGUGCAAGGUCCAGACGUGGGACUUUGUGCUCACCGACCCCUUGUGGUUGUCUUGGACGUUGGAGAACUUUGUGGACUCGCUCCCACCCCUGGUGACGGCCCAUUCGAGGCACCUCGCAGAGCUCACGUCCCUCGCCAAUGUCUUGCUCUCCUCGUCCACGACCUUUGAGGACGCGCGCACCACCCUCGAGCGCUGGCGCGACCUUGCGCGUGGUGGCGAGCGGUGGGAAGUAGUGCGAGAGUGGGAGGAGCUCGUCGAGCUCGAGACGGCCCGUCCCGCGCCGGAGGAAGAGGAGGAGAUGACCCGACCCAAGCGCCGUGGAAAGCGGUAGUUUGGUCGUCGCCAAUGGGAGACGCGGGGAGGCGGUGACGAGGAAGCUGGAAGCAAGCCCGCGUGGUGCACACCGCUGUGAGAUGUGGGGCGGCCAUGUCAGCUUGCUUCGCAAACAACGGCCAAUCCCGUCAAUCGAGUGGUGUGCAUAUCGCACUCCGGCUUGUCGAUCCCGGGGCGCAUAAAUGGUGUGGGAUGCCAAUCCCUGCCUUUACUUCCCAUUGCCACUCGGUCUUCACCUACUUCAAGCUCCCAACCUCGAUGCUGGCAAUCUUUAAACUGUCAGCAUGGGGGGAGCCGUCUCACGCUGUCAAGGCGAUGGCCUCGACGACAACGACGAAAGCCUCGGCAUCGCCGAGUUGUUUGCACGGGCUCGUGAGCACAACAGACCGCGAUGGGUCCGCCGCCUCCGACACCGAUUCUCCACGCCCCUGGUGCCGUCAACGCAGAGGCAACGGAGGUCUUCAGAAAUCGACUCGAUGGGCGAGGUGCGCUCCGCAAUAUCUGCGAUGGGAGGGUGGCACGAGGACCGUCAUCAGCGAACGCAAUGUCCAGUCGACGAAGUGCGCCAGCGGCCGGCCAAGCGAGGAACGAUCAUGCGGCGGCGGAACAGCAGCUCUGCGGACGAAAUGCACAACACCUUCAGCAGUGGUUCACAAGCCCGGCACAGCUCGGCGCCAGAGCGUACACGGCACAGCAGCUCGCCAGAGGCCGGGCCGAGCACGUCGCGCGCCCUUGCAUGUGAGCCGUUGCGCCGGCCGGACGGGCAGGCCGCGCUCCGCCUCCUCCUGGACCGUGCUCGACGAGUUGUUAGUCUCAGCUCUGACGGCGAACAGGGUGAGCGCGCAAGACUACUCCACAAGCGGCUGCCGGCCACACCGCCCGAGCUGCCGACCAAGACGACGUUUUCGUCUGAGGCCGAGGUCGUCCCGGUGCUCUUCCAUACUGCACAGAGCUAUGUCCCUCGCACGCGGGCUACAGUGCGCGGCGUGUUCAAGAACAACGACUCGGACACAGACUCGUACGAGACGGAGACGAUCAGAACGCCGCCGCCGCGCCCGCCGGGACGCGCCGCUUUGCGCGGAGAAGACAGCGACGACGACGAUACCGUGCCCGCGGCCCUUCGUGCCGUGCUCUUCCGCGCGAUGAAGAAGUCGCCAAGUAUGGUGUCGGACGACGACGAGCCUGAGGUUCAGCCCGAACCCAUCUUCCAGCCCAGUGUGCUUCUUCCCCGCCCGGUAGCACCCGGCUCGCCGCCGACUGUCCGCGUCCGUCUGCGCUCCAAGACGCCGAGUAUGAGCCCGAAGCCUGAGCCUGCGCUUCCGCUCCACGAGGUGGUUCUUGCCCCAGAGUGAGGCUUCGGACGGCCGCGAGGGCUUCACAGGGCCGAGAACACUUUGAACAACUUCGGACCAUUCUGUUUCACCUUCCUGCGAUCUUCGCGCCGCGCGUCGUGGGAACGACCAAGGAGUCGAUGUGCGGAAGUCAUGCUAUGUAGCAUACAUAUGCCCGUGAUGGAUGUGUGUCGUGCCAG